GUCCACGUCGCGCGUUGCUCACACUCUCCUCUCAUGAAAGCUGAGUUAAACAGCAGAUGCACCUAACCCAGCGAGCCGCCAGAAAAUAAGAGGUUUUACGCUUUGACCAAUCUGAUCCUGAUGAUGGAUGACGAUUCUCUUCCCAAUUUCCAUCCAUCUCCCUUAACCGCAACUUCACAAAACGGCAUCUCUUGUCCCUUUGCAAACCCAGAUUCAUAAAUACAAACAAAAACAUCAAGCUCGCUCGCAACACAAUCAUCGUGUCGUAAGUACUUUGGUUCGGAAAGGAUGAAGAUUGUUGUGUUCUUUGCAGUGUUUCUUCUUCUUCUAUUCAUGAGCUCAGCAGCUCCAUCUCCUCCCUCCUCUACAUCAUCAGCAGCAUGCCCUAUGGACUUGAAUUACGUGCUUAGAAUCCCAUGGAACUCUUCUGCUUGCCAAAGCUUCCACCCUUCGACAUCAAAAAAUGUAACAAAUCCAAGCACUUGUUGCAUAUCACUGUUGUCCCUCUUUGGCAUAGGAUUGGCACAGCACCUCAAAGAGACCUCUCAGUUCCAACUUCCCAACCUUGCCACCUCCAUUUCAUGCCUUGAAGACUUCCAAUCAAAGCUCACUUCUCUCUCACUCUCCAACAACCUCGUCAAUUCUUGCUUUGACCCUCUUCAGUUCGUCAUCUCUCCCAACAUCUGUGCUGGAAUUCAGACCAUCCCUGAUUGGAUCACCAAGCUUGGUCAAUCCACGUCACUCAACACUGCGUGUAAACCAGAUCUUACUGAUCUUUCCCUCUGUGAUCAGUGUCUUGCGGCUGGGUUACAGGUCAAGCAGAAGCUUAUUUCCAUUGAUGGUAAUGCUUCACAUUCCAUAGAUUGUUUUUACUUCGCCAUUCUAUAUGCUGCUGGAAUAGUCAAUAAGUUUGGGCCUGAAAGCAAUGGUGCUGUGACUUGCAUUUUUAGCAUGUCAGUUUAUUCACAAGGAGAGUCUGGGGGAAAGGGUCAUCAGGCUCUUGUGUUUGGGUUGACAGGAGCUGGAGUUGCAUUGUUGGUGAUGUCUUCUUUGUUGGGGUUGUAUGUGUGGUAUGACAGGAAGUGUCGGAGGAAAAAGCUUGAGACUUUUCAGUUCGAUUUUGACCCUGAGGAACAAGGGUCUAGGCCUAGAUUGAGACCCAAUACGGGCUCCAUUUGGUUCAAAAUUGAGGAACUUGAGAAGGCUACGGAUAAUUUUUCAUCCAAGAACUUCAUAGGGCGGGGGGGAUUUGGGAUGGUUUUCAAGGGAACCUUGUCUGAUGGAACUGUGGUUGCGGUUAAAAGGAUUCUGGAAUCUGAUUUUCAAGGGGAUGUUGAGUUUUGUAAUGAGGUGGAGAUUAUUAGCAAUCUAAAGCACCGUAAUCUUGUGCCUCUUAGAGGCUGUUGUGUGGCUGAAGAGGAUGAGGAUUAUGCUGACAGGGGAAGCCAAAGGUAUCUUGUAUAUGAUUACAUGCCUAAUGGGAACCUGGAAGACCAUCUCUUUGCAUCAACGGACACUCCGAAAUUAGCAAAGAGAUCAUUGACUUGGCCUCAGAGAAAGAGCAUAAUCUUGGAUGUGGCAAAGGGGUUGGCUUAUUUGCACUAUGGAGUUAAACCUGCAAUCUAUCACAGGGAUAUCAAAGCCACCAAUAUACUACUUGAUGCAGAUAUGAGGGCAAGAGUUGCGGAUUUUGGGCUUGCUAAACAAAGCAGGGAGGGUCAGUCUCAUCUCACUACUAGAGUGGCUGGAACACAUGGUUAUCUAGCCCCGGAAUAUGCACUCUAUGGUCAACUCACUGAGAAGAGUGAUGUGUAUAGCUUUGGUGUGGUUGUUUUGGAGAUAAUGUGUGGGAGAAAAGCUCUAGAUUUGUCUUCAUCAGGAUCACCCCGGGCAUUCUUGAUCACGGAUUGGGCUUGGUCAUUGGUGAAAGCUGGCAAGAUAGAAGAGGCUUUGGAUGCUUCCCUGUUGAAAGAUGAGAAUUUUCCUAGUUCAAAUCCUAAGAGCAUAAUGGAAAGGUUUUUGCUGGUGGGAAUCCUGUGCUCUCAUGUAAUGGUUGCUUUGAGGCCAACUAUUGCUGAUGCUUUGAAGAUGUUGGAAGGUGAUAUUGAAGUUCCACAAAUCCCAGAUCGCCCUAUGCCUCUUGGCCAUCCUUCAUUUUACAAUGAUAGCAACACUUUUAGCAUAUCUCCAGCAUUAAGCGGCCCCAAAUUGCACUCUGGAGACAUGCUCAGGUAACAAAGAAGUUACCUUAGUUCCUUAUAUUGCUUAAAAUGUAGAAAGGUGGAAGCUGUUUUCAUUCUAAGGUCUGCCCCAUUUCAUGUUUGGUAACAUCACUUCAUUUGUUGUUAAUAAACUGAUGAGUGUCAUGGUACAAGUGAAUUUCCUCCCACCAAGUGCUCUUAAGAUCUCAAGACCGAAGCUAGCAAUGACUAUAGGUCUUAUUGUGCCUCAAGAAUUCUUCUAUGCAGUGUUAUAAAGCCAACCAUGAAGAAACUUAGAUGUUAGCAGGGAAUCAUUAUAAACGGUGUCUCUUUAGAUCAACUACCAAGGGAGCUAAGGUUCUCUUAGUUAGCUGGCAAUAGGUAUAGUAUAAGACUUUAGGACAUAGGAAAAAUAUCUUGUAAAAAGUUGUUGAAAUUUUCACUUUCAUUUGUUUUCUUCUUAAUUUUGUUGUAAAACAAGGCACAAAAAAUUACUCCAGUGUAUAAAGGAAAAUGUUGAGUUUGCCAGAACGUUAAUGCUAUUGGUGUUUUUACAAGUUCAAGUGAUGUUGGGCUGACUUUUCCUUUCUCUCACCCAAGUCUCCCCUGUUUUAUAUUGGUUGUUAUAUUUCCGUGUUAUACUGUAUCGGAUUUAAGUAAUUAAUUUACCAUUUUGCUAUGUUUAAAACAGGUCCAUUAGUGAGAGCUAAGCCCUUCAAAGGGAUCAGCAAGCCCAGAAUCUAGCUUAUUACUAUUUUUUCAUAUACAGAACCAUAAUCUCUUUGUUUUCUAUUUAAUAAGUCCUAUUUGUAAUUUUAUUAUUUAGGAAUUCGUGUAAUGCACAAUUUUUUUA